AUGUGGAAUGCGAAACAGGACGUCAGUGAAGAGGGAUAUGAGCUGGGGAAUUUUUCUGGGAUGAACGAUGAGGAUUCGUCAUCGGGACAGGCAGGUGCAAUCAAUCAUAGAAAAAAAUCUGUAGUUUCGAAAACAACUGCUGUAGAUGAAAGUUUGCCUGGGUUGAGUUCGAGUGAUCUUGAGAGCUCUGAUGAUUUUGUGAAGGAAGGGCAGGUGCACGAAGCGGAGGUGAAAAGAGCGUUGAAGCAGAGACACAUUGGUAUGAUCGCGCUGGGAGGAACGAUUGGUACUGGGUUGUUUAUUGGUAUUUCUACUCCGCUGUCGAAUGCGGGUCCCGUUGGUGGAUUAAUUGCUUAUUUGUUUAUGGCAACACUUGUGUACUCUGUGGUGCAGUCAUUGGGUGAGAUGGCGACUUUCAUUCCAGUGACUUCUGCAUUUACGGUGUUUUCUAGUAGGUUUUUGUCUCCUGCGUUUGGCGCGGCUAGUGGUUACAUGUACUGGUUCUCGUGGGCAAUCACAUUUGCAUUGGAACUCUCUGUUGUGGGUCAAAUUAUCGAAUUUUGGACCACUGCUGUGCCAAUGGCCGCUUGGAUUACUAUCUUUUGGGUACUUCUGACCGUAUCGAAUUUGUUUCCGGUGAAAUACUAUGGUGAGUUUGAAUUUUGGAUCGCUUUCAUCAAGGUGAUUGCUCUCGUUGGGUUUAUUAUCUACUGUUUGUGCAUGGUAUGUGGUGCAGGUAUUACAGGACCGGUUGGAUUUCGUUACUGGAGGAAUCCUGGUGCCUGGGGACCAGGAAUUAUCUCCAAAGACAAAAAUGAAGGUAGGUUCUUAGGUUGGGUGUCUUCGCUAAUUAAUGCUGCGUUCACUUACCAAGGUACUGAGUUGGUCGGUAUCACAGCUGGUGAGGCUGCUAACCCAAGAAAAUCUGUGCCAAGAGCCAUCAAGAAAGUUGUUUUCCGUAUUUUAGUGUUUUACUAUCCUAUCGCUGUUUUUAUCGGUUUACUGGUACCAUAUAAUGAUCCAAAAUUGAACAGCUCGGAUUCGUACGUUUCGUCCUCACCUUUCAUCAUUGCCAUUGAAAACUCAGGUACCAAAGUGCUCCCUCACAUUUUUAAUGCCGUGGUGCUAACUACUAUCAUCUCAGCUGGUAACUCCAACGUUUACGUCGGUUCUCGUAUCAUGUAUGGUCUGGCAAAAAUCAAGCUGGCGCCUAGUUUCUUCGGUAGAACCAAUGCGGCUGGUGUCCCAUAUUUUGCAGUCUUCUUUACAUCUGCUUUCGGUGCUUUGGCUUACAUGGAACUUUCUACCGGUGGUGCGUCUGCGUUCAAUUGGCUGUUGAACAUCACCGGUGUGGCCGGUUUCUUCACAUGGGUUUUAAUCUCAGCAUGUCACAUCAGAUUCAUGCAAGCUCUGAAAUAUCGUGGUAUUUCUCGUGACGAUCUUCCUUUCAAGGCAAAAUUCAUGCCAUGGUUGGCAUACUAUGCAUUAUUUUUCAUGGUUGUAAUCAUUUUAAUCCAAGGUUUUACCGCUUUCGCACCUACCUUUAGUGGUGUGGACUUUGCUGCCGCCUACGUUUCGGUCUUCCUCUUCAUUGCUAUUUGGCUUGGUGCCCAGAUCUGGUUCAGAUGCAGAAUUUUCCAUAGGCUAGACGAAGUCGAUAUCGACACAGACAGAAGAGACAUCGAGGCCGUUGUUUGGGACGACGAGCCUCCAAAAACCCUUUGGGACAAGUUUUGGAACAUUGUUGCUUGA